AUGAAUGUAAUACAAACAUCAGAGACACCAAGAGAGCGUCGAAACCGCCUUUCCAGAAAUGCACGUACAUGCCGAAGAUUAACACUCACAGUUGAGCAACUUGAGCAGCAACGCACUCAGCAACGUGAAAAAUAUAGACGCCGUACUGAGGCUGAAACAGAAGAACAUGCUGAACGGCGACGAAUAACUCGACGUGAAGCUUAUAGGCAUCAUGUCCAACAAAGACAGACUAAUACCUUUGCAUCUAAUGCUGCCCGUAUGCAGGAAUAUGAUACAGGCACUGUCAUUUGUCACAAGCUGGGAGAAAUGAAUGUAGAGUGUUCACAAUGUCAAGCACUACACUGGAUAGAAGAAAAGGUGGCUGGAAGUAUACGUGCUCCUAUUUUUGGUAUGUGCUGUGCAAAAGGUAAGGUGAAGUUGCCACCUAUUGGUCAGCCACCUGUGCCUCUACUUAAUCUUCUCAUAGACGAAGAUAGUCGAUCACACCUAGAUCCAAUUACACUCGAGCAGCUUCAAGCAAUGCUAAAUGAAGUCAAUCCAUAUGUUCAUGUAUUCCAACAAGCAGCACACAUUUUGCAAGAAAAUUUCACUCAGGACUUAAAUUUAGUUAUAAUAAAGGCACGCAGUGAACAACAAUAUACUGUACCUGUCGCAUCAGAAAUUGCUAUUCUUAUGGUGGGAGAUGGUCAAGAAUUUGAACCAUCUAAUCGAGAUAUUGUGCUUCGCAUACAGGGUGGUGGUUUGCAACGCAUUUCACAAACCCACCAGUUCUAUAGUCCAUUACAUUAUGUGCUGCUGUUUCCACGUGGAGAACCUGGAUGGCAUUCUAAUAUUCCUAUAUGCAAUACAACACAAGUAAAUAGUAAUGAUACUGAAAAUGAAGAUCUUCAAGAUGAAGACACUAAAUUACGUCGCGUUACAAUGAUGCAAUACUAUUCUUAUCAUUUACAAAUAAGACAACUGGAAUCAUUUGUGUUGCAUAGAAGUGGCCGUCUUUUUCAACAAUAUAUAGUUGAUGCAUAUGUCUGUAUUGAGCAGAACCGGCUUAAUUACUUAAAUGUAAUCAAAAACAAAUUCGUGCUGAAUUGUAUAGUGGAUUACAAGAUGCCCUCUCUGUUCGUGAUGAGCUGCCUCAAAACGGAUCACGUAUUGGUUAUCGAAUUGUACUUCCAUCCAGCUUUAUUGAAUACUCAAGAUUUUAUAUAUUUGACAAAAAGAAGCAUUCUUACUCCACGUAAUGUUGAUGUUGAUGCACUUAAUGCUGAAAUUCUUGCACAAUUUCCAGGAGAAGAAAAAACUUAUUAUAGUGCAGAUACUUUGGACCGAAAUUCAGAAAU